UAACGUGUGUGUGCAAUCGACAAAAGGAUUUGGCUUAUGUAUUUACAAUGACAGGUAUUGCUCACAUGUUUGCGCUCCAGACGAAACAACUCGUGAAUUUAAAGAAUGUUGAAUUUAGGUGGAUUUUACGGCGUUCUGUCACGAGCUACACACAGGGACAGGCGCCCGAGCCAAGGAUACGAGAAUACUUCUACUACAUCGAUCACGAUGGCAUGCUCUUUUUGGACGAUGCCAAAAUGAAAAACUUUACAUCCUGUUUUAAAGAGAAGGUCUUUCUAAAAUUCUUCUUCAGUCGCCUGCGACUGAAUGAAUCACAGCGAUACCAAGAUUUCCCCUACAUCUCGCUUUGUGGCCGAGAACGGAAUUAUGUGCGUUGCGAUGACACGCCCAUUGUGUUUACUGAUCAACUGAAGAAGGACGCAUGUGAAGUCAGUGAUGUUUUAACCUAUGCACAUGGAGGUCCAGAUUUGUCGGUGCCCUUUGAACCGCAAAAUCUUUAUAUGCACCCAAAAAGCGGGCGUGUAUAUCAUCCAGCUUGGCCAAAAGUAGGUGGCAUUGGGCUUGUUCGUUCUAAAUUGGCCAUUGAGCUUAGCCAGAACUUCGUAUUUGCUGAUGGUGGCAGAUCGCCAACACAUUUUAAUUGGCAUGGAACUCAACUAAAGCUGGAAAAUGAAUGGAUAAACAACUGUCAAAGGUACGGCAUGCAUUCUCAAUGCGAAAGCGCAUAAAACUUCCGGAUUUGUCAAACUGUGAAUAAAUUUAAUGAUUCUGUUAUUAAGAGAACA